AUGCCGGACCUUGAACCGGCCAGUCAGUCGCUUGCCAGGCGCAUGCCAAAGCUGCAGCAAGUCGCCGGUACAACUUCUGUGUCUAACCAUGGCGGAAAGAUUAACAGCUCUCUUUUUCAACGAUGGAACGAUUUUGCAGCCGAAAUUUGGCAAGAACUUCAAUCUGUUGACCUGACUGUCCCCGUUAGCGUCGACCCCAUAAUCGAUAGCUAUAUUGUCGGCAGCGAGCUUGGACUCACGGCAAGGUUCGCGAAGCACGCAUGCGACCCCGUCAACAACGUAUUUAUUGCGAUUAACCACUCAAUGCGCUUUGCAGACCGACAGGUAGCAAUGCCAUCCUCUGCUAUUAUUCCAGAUAUCGUGCUCGUAGAUAACAAUGACGGUACUCCAAAUUUGAAAGUCGCAAUGCCUAUUAAGCUGAAGACUUUUUGGACACUUGGGAUCAUCUCUACGUAUAAGGCCACGAUCUUUGUCAAACGUGUUGGGGAUGCUCAAUUCUCCAUUAGCGAUGUCUUCCUUCAGCAUUCGGUAAGCUCUGCAACAAAGCCAUCGACAAAGGAAGCCAUCAUGGGCAUGGCCCUUAUGGCUAUUUCUCUCGGCCCAUACGUGGAAUCUGAUGACUUCGAUGCUAGACAGCUAUUAUACACAACACUGACAGCUUCAGACCGACCGUCAUUUUUCCGCCUUCGAGGUGAUCAUCCCUCACCCCACCAAGCCAAAAAUCCUACUCAUCCUGCUGGUAAGGAGGUGCAAUCUUCUCUCCCUACACAGUCUUAUUCCGCUUCAGGUGAAUACGGAACAAUCUUCUUUGGAGAAAAUGGUGUUGGGAUGGACUCGGUUACUGUGACAAAGUUGGUCCAUGGGCAAACAAAGGAUACAUUGUUCAAGGAUACUGAUGACCAGACGAAGUGGCUUGACAAGACGAAGGCCAUAUUUGAAGCAGACUGGCAUGGAGAACAGGUUAUCGUGAAAUGCUGGACCGAGUCGGAAAACAACGAGUCGAGCUACUUGAACGAAAGCAUGGUUUAUAUGAAACUCCAGAUUCAGAACCCAGAAGGGUACCCAUUCUUGGCUUCUGGUAAGAGCUGCGGAGAAAUUUGCUGCUCGUCAAUUUUCCCGUUCGGGUACGCCCUUGUCAUAUCGAAGGUAGGGGGUUCUCCCCUACUUGGCCGAAUGACAACGAUGUCAGUCGAACGUAGGGGCUUCAUUCGGAGCCAAAUCCGUCGCGCAGUAAGCGUCUUCCGUGCCUGUGGUCUUAUCAUCACUGAUUGUGGCCCUCACAAUAUACUAUAUGAUGACAAGGAGGAGAACCCUUCAGUUUUCAUCAUCGAUUUCGAGUAUGUCCAAAUCUUUCGAGAUGAGGACCCUACCAAGGAAUUUCCAAUUCAGCCGGAAGAGCUCAGCGUAUUUGGACACCGCAAGGACGAUGACAAUUUCAACUACUUUGAAGACAGCAAUGAUGAUGAUGAUGCUGAAGAUGAUGAGAAUGGUGAGCCUGCUUUCUAG